UUUCUUUAAACAGCAAACAUGAAAUAUUCGUUAAUUGUGUUAUUAUGCGGUCUGUGUUUGGUGGCAGCCAACAUUGAAUUAUCCUCUUCCAUCGAGGAUGAAUUUGACGACCUUGACUAUGAGUAUAUGGCUAAUGAUAUUGCCGAGGAUAUCCCAGUUGAUGUAGAUCCUUAUGUCAUACCUUGGUUGGGCAUUUACUUUAUCAUACACAAAGCCUUGACCGGCAUUAAGGGUGUCAAAUGUACUGUUAAGGAAGUUGUAUCCAUCAAGAAUGCUGCUCAAACUUUCCUCGAUGAAAUUCAACUGUGUGGAGAUGAUGUUAAUGCCAAAGCUCAACAAUUGAUUACAACUUGCGAAAAUAUCAUCGUUACCUCCAACAAUAUUAUUAAUGUAAAUGAGAAUAUUUGCGGUGGCACCUCCACUUCUACCACCACUUUAGAGUCAGAUGAUGAUAUCAUGGAAGCUGUUGUACAAAAAACCAAAAUCAACUGUUUCUUUAAGUUGUUGGGUAAAACUAUGAAAUUAAAGUAUCAAAUUAGACGUGCCAUUCGUUUGAUUAGGCAGAUUCCCAAAGUGCCCGGUGAGGCCAAUGAAUGUGUCAACACUGCCGCUGAAAACUUGGGAAAUGUAUUUAAUCAGUUCCCCUCCAAGGUGAAAUACUGUUCCAAAUUAUUGAAUUAAAUUGGUUGAGAGUUUGAAACUGAAAUUGAUUAUUUCUUUAAGUAUAUAGAUAUAUAUUUUAAGAAAUGAUUUUGCUAAAAA